CCCCAUAAACCAAGACGCCCUAUUCUCUGCGAGGGUCUAUCAUGUUUGACCCAGGCAAACCCGGCUGGUAAGUUCACUCUAUACAAUGUGCUUCCUCACUGUCAGGUCCACCGUGGUUAAACGCAAUGGUCCACGGUUAGAUUCAAAGUCACUAAAAGCACUACGUGUGGGUCACUCGUCCCACCCGGCUUCUGUAUUGUGUGGGGUACUUCCUUCACAGCUAUGUGUGUUAGUGCCUUCACAGCUGUGUGUGUGUUGUGCCUUCACAGCUGUGUGUGUUAGUGCCUUCACAGCUAUGUAUAAUAGUGCCUUCAAAGCUGUGUGUGUGAAUGCCUUCACAUCUAUUUGUGUUAGUGCCUUCACAGCUGUGUGUGUUAGUGCCUUCAAGGCUGUGUGUGUUAAUGCCUUCACAGCUGUGUGUGUUAGUGCCUUCACAUCUAUUUGUGUUAGUGCCUUCAUAGUUGUGUGUGUUAGUGCCUUCAGAGCUGUGUGUUUUAGUACCUUCACAGCUGUAUGUGCUACUUCCUUCAUUGAUUGUAUGUAACUUCCUUCACAGCUUUGUGUAAUUUCCUUCAUAGACUAGACAAAUUUGUAUGUUACAUUCCCUAACAAACCGUUUAUGUCACACCCCACACAACUGUCUGUUAAUCCCCACACUACUGUGUCGGUUACCUCCCACACUACUGUGUCGGUUACCUCCCACACUACUGUGUCUCUUACCUCCUACAAUAUUGUGUCUGUUACCUCCCACACUACUGUGGCUGUGACAUCCAACACUAUUGUGUCUGUUGCCUGACACUACUGUGUCUGUUACCUCCUACACUACUGUGUCUGUUACCUCCUACACUACUGUGUCUGUUACCUCCUACACUAUUGUGUCUGUUACCUCCAACACUACAGUCUCUCUUACCUCCUACAAUAUUGCAUCUGUUACCUCCAACACUACAGUGUCUCUUACCUCCUACAAUAUUGCGUCUGUUACCUCCCACACUACUGUGCAUGUUACAUCCAACACUAUUGUGUCUGUUACCUCCCACACUACAGUGUCUGUUACCUCCUACACUACCGUGUCUGUUUCCUCCAUACACUAGUGUCUCUGUUACCCCUAAACUACUGUUCAUUACCUCCCUACUCCUCUCUGUCUGUUACCUCUGUUACUACUGUAUGUUACCUCCAUUUGCUACUGUGUCUGUUAUCUCCCCAAGCUACACUGUCACCUCCCUAGGCUACUGUCUGUUACCUCCAAAUGCUACUGUGUCUGUUACCUCCCACACUACUGUGUCUCUUAACUCCCUAAACUACAGUGUCUGUUACCUCCACACACUAUUUUCUGUUACCUCUCACACUACUAGUAGUCUUUUACCUCCACACACUACUGUCUGUCACCUCUCACACUACAGUGUCUGUGAUCUCCCUACACUAUUGUGACUUUUUCUUCUCUACACUCCUUUGUCUGUUUCCUCCAUACCCUACUGCUUCUGUUACCCCUACACUACUGUUUCUGUUACCCCUACACUACUGUUUCUUUUACACUUACACUCCUGUGUCUGUUCCCUUCAUACCCUACUAUUUCUGUUACCCCUACACUCCUGUGUCUGUUCCCUCCACACCCUACUGUUUCUGUUACCCUUACAUGUCUGUGUCUGUUACCUGCCUACACUACUGUGUCUGUUACCUGCCUACACUACUGUGUCUGUUACCUGCCUACACUACUGUGUCUGUUACCUGCCUACACUACUGUGUCUGUUACCUGCCUACACUACUGUGUCUGUUACCUGCCUACACUACUGUGUCUGUUACCUGCCUACACUACUGUGUCUGUUACCUGCCUACACUACUGUGUCUGUUACCUGCCUACACUACUGUGUCUGUUACCUGCCUACACUACUGUGUCUGUUACCUGCCUACACUACUGUGUCUGUUACCUGCCUACACUACUGUGUCUGUUACCUGCCUACACUACUGUGUCUGUUACCUGCCUACACUACUGUGUCUUUUUCCUCCCACACUACAGUGCCUGUUACCUCCUCACACUACUGUGUAUUACCUCCCACUAUGUGUCUGUUACCUCCCUACACUACCAUGUCUGUUACCCCACACACUACUGUGUAUAUUACCCAAAUCAUGUACUGAGAGUUAUUUCUAUUUUUGUAUUUCCUUUUUUGGAUUUGGUGUUUGAUUUGAAAGUUGCCUCCAUGAAAUCGCUUUCAUUUUGUGGGCCUAUGGUUUGGAAAAGACAAACAUUUGGGUAUCAUCUUGGCACUUUUUAGUACCUCUGUAACCAUGGAAGGAUUAUGUCAUUUUUUCUUUGCCAACUAGCACUAUUAUAAUAUUGCUAUGGUUAAUGUGUCGUUAAUGGAACAAAUCUGUCCUUUUGGUGGGCUGUUAAAGUAAUUGAUUAAAUAAUAAAUGACUUAUAAAGUGGUCUGGUAAACAUAAGAUGCUAAAAUGUCUAAGCUGGUCAUAGAUUGGGGCCAAGUUUGUCAUAGAUUGGGGCCAAGCUUGUCAUAGAUUGGGGCCAAGCUUGUCAAAGGUUGGGGCCAAGCUUGUCAAAGAUUGGGGCCAAGCUUGUCAUAGAUGGCUAAGGUAACCAAUCUAUAGAGUAAAUAUAACAUACAUGCUUGUGUUUAAACCGAGUAAGUAUGUGUCUUGAAGUGAAGAUGGCAAUUUUUUCACAAUUUAAAUCCAUGAAAUUUAUAAUUGUUUUGGCGUCAUGGGUGUCAGAAAUAAACAAUUAUUUGUGAUUGCACAGAGAACUCUUUUUAUUGAAGAUGCUUUCUUUUGAAAAAAAAUUAUUAAGGAUUAGGGAUGUUUAUAUAUAUAUUUUUUUUAAAAAACUGGUUAUUGGUUUAUACGAUAAAUUUUCUAUUAUCUACUAUUCCACAUCAAAAUAACAAAUUGAGAAAUUUUAUAAGGUCCAAAGCAGCAGUUGAAUUUUUUUUUAGAACAGUCAAAGAACCUCUCUUUUUGAUACAGUUUGGUACCAGCACUUAACUUAUUUAUAAUCGUUAUACUGUAUGUUUAUUAGUUUUAAAUCUUUUGUUUAAAUACUGGUUAAAAUAAUUCUUAAAAAGUCCGCAAUUUGAAAAAAAAUCUUUAAAGAUUAAAAAGAAAAAAAAAUAGAUAUUCGUUUCACAAAAAUCAACAUACAGUAAUUGGUUUUAAAACUGAUAAGUGGUUAUUCUUAAUUUGGAUGAAUUAUAUUUUUUUUUAGUUGUUUCAUUUAUUUAUGCCUGGACUGGAAAUCAGAUUUACUUGAUCUUUUUUUAAUAAUUUUUUUCAAUUUUUGAUUUUGAAGUCUUUAUCAGUACUAUUUAUAACUCACGACUUUGCCAGGACAGAUGUCCAAAUACCAGAACUGUACUGGUAAAAACAGUAGGACAGAGUAAACGUGUGCCCUGAUGUUUAACAGAGAUUUCCUUGUGUUUAAAAAGCGUAAUUCCUAAACACUAUCAACAAAGAAAUCCAAUACUUAUAAAAGGGACAUCAUUACUUUAAACAAAAAUAAAGCAUCUCUUAUAAAAAAAGAAAAAGAAAGGGACAAAAAAUGACCUUUUCCACAAAAUAUUUAUUUGUAUUCUGAUAAAUUCCAAGGAGGCAGGUAGGUGCCUGUGUACUGCAGCUUGUGUCAGCCUUAGAACUAAAAGAAGCAGAAUCUGCCUUACCUUGCCUGCCAAACUCAGUACUUUAGAGCACCUGCUGCCUUCAUUAUGCUGAGAGAUGCAGUGUUUGUUGCAGCUGAAUGUUAGUUAUAGGAACUAGGGGAAAUUGGGUUUUAGGGGGGGGGGGGGGGAACAAAUGUACAGUAGAGAGCUUCAAAUACAUAUCUCCUGCUGGCAGUAAACUAACAGAAAAUUUAAGAGGGGGUUUUGUAGUUGAACUGGGGCUAGCCCCCUAUGAUCCACUGAGAUAACAGAGCUGACUGUUGGUAAUAAAUUGUAAUAUAAAACUAUGGCUGAGCUGUAAAUAAGAAUGUUACAGUAAGCUCAUUGAGUAGGGUUAAAUUAUAGUUUGUUUUAUAGGAUGCUCAUUGUCAGAAGUAAACUGAAUUUUUGUAAAGUGUUAAACCUAGUAGUAGAUAUAGAAGAAGUGUGUAGUUAAGUUAUUUUAAUGAGUUCAUCAGCUUUUAAUUUGCUACAAAAAAAAGAUUGAGUGCUAUAUAAACAUUUUGUAGGCUUUGCGGUAAGAUAUAGUUGGACGGGUUUGUAGAUUCCUGGCUCUGACUUCAGAUUUAAGAACAACUGACAGUCAAGACUUAUAUAUCUGUAUACAGUAUGGCUCUGACUUCAGAUUGGGGAUCGCACAACCCUUUCACAGGGGUCGCCUAAGACCAUCUGAAAACACACCUACUCCUGUUAUAAAGUAUCAAUGAAAAUAAUUUUGUGGCUGUGAGUCGUCACAACGUAAGGAAAUGUAUUAAAGGGUCGUGGCAUUAGAAAGGUUGAGAACCACUGCUCUUUCACAUUCCCCCUAUCACCUACUGCCUUCACUUGGCCUCUCUUCUUUUCUAUCUCUUCUCAUUCUAUAAAAAUACCUUUCAUACUUGGAGAAGCUCUUGUAUUUUGUUUGUCCCCAUUAUCAUUUUUUCCCUUUGUAACCCAUUACCCUUGCACCUCAUCUUUCCUCACUUAUGCUUUAACUUUUUCCCCUUUAUCGAUUUCAUUCUCUUCUCUUCAUCAUUCUCAAUGCAUCAUUGCUUAAAAAAUACAGUUCAGUGUCAUCUCAGGUCAGGGGGUAGAAGGGAGGCCCUGCAGUAAAAGGGGGUGGAGGUAACAGUUGCAAGUACAACCCUCAGGUCCUUAAGGGGUAUGGUUGGGGGGGGGGGCUACUGGCAACAGGGAUCAGAGCUUUCAGGGGUGUCUCCAGAUCUCUUAGUAUUGAUUCUUGGUUCUUGAUUCUUGGUUCUUGAUGGGAGCUCAGAUUUAUAACUUAUUUAGAAGUUGGUCAUCUAUUGCUGUUAAGCUGUCAUGACGAGAUUAGCUGGGUACCAACAGUCAUGACUAGAUUAGCUGGGUACCAACAGUCAUGACUAGAUUAGCUGGGUACCAACAGUCAUGACUAGAUUAGCUGGGUACCAACAGUCAUGACUAGAUAAGCUGGGUACCAACAGUCAUGACGAGAUUAUCUGGGUACCAACAGUCAUGACUAGAUUAUCUGGGUACCAACAGUCAUGACUAGAUUAGCUGGGUACCAACAGUCAUGACUAGAUUAGCGGGGUACCAACAGUCAUGACCAGAUUAGCUGGGUACCAACAGUCAUGACUAGAUUAGCUGGGUACCAACAGUCAUGACUAGAUUAGCUGGGUACCAAGAAUCAUGACGAGAUGAGAUGGGUACCAACAGUCAUGACUAGAUUAGCUGGGUAGCAACAGUCAUGACUAGAUUAGCUGGGUACCAACAGUCAUGACUAGAUUAGCUGGGUACCAACAGUCAUGACUAGAUUAGCUAGGUACCAACAGUCAUGACUAGAUUAGCGGGAUACCAACAGUCAUGACUAGAUUAGCUGGGUACCAACAGUCAUGACUAGAUUAGCUGGGUACCAACAGUCAUGACUAGAUAAGCGGGGUACCAACAGUCAUGACGAGAUUAUCUGGGUACCAACAGUCAUGACUAGACUAGCAGGGUACCAACAGUCAUGACUAGAUUAGCGGGGUACCGGUACCUUUAAAAAAACACCAAAAAACAAGGCCUCUUUAUCUUGUGUUUAAUUUAAUCUUUGUUUUUGUGUCACAUUUUGAAAAGUGGCUCUCCCCAAAAAUACAAGGCUACAAAUGCUUCUCUGGCUUCAUCUUGAAAGUUUCAAUUUUAACCAAACUGAUUUUUGUUUCCUCAGAGGUUGUUUUAUGUUCAUCCGCCUGUCAUACUGAGUUAUCCUCAUACUUGGACUGACUUAAUUUACACAGAUCACAAAAAAUAGUACUGAAAGGAAUUGUUCAAUCACUUAUUAAUCUGAUAGCUUGAUUGUUGGAUUCAUUGAGGAAACUAAUGAAAGGAGAAUUAAAAUAAAUUGAAAAUAUAUUAGACAAAUAGUUAAGGUCAGUCAUCGAGGAAGGUUGAUGACAAAAUGCGCCCUUCCCUUAAAAAAAACUAGUAUAUACACAUCCAAUUCAUUUAAUUUAAUUUAUAAUUUCAUACCUAAGUUUAAUUUUAAAAAACCAGAAUAGAUUACAAAAAAUGAAACAAAAGAAAGACUUGUUCUUAUUAUUCUUAGCAUAUUGUGUGCCCAGCACUGUUCAAACACUCCUGUCAUCUAAGAGUCCUUUGAGUACACUGGAUAUUAGUUUUGAAAUACAAAAUAAAUGAAAUGUUCCAUUCUGUAUACCAUCUGAAACCACCCUACUUAGGGUUCAGAUACUCUCAUGUGACUUAACGGUUUCAAUCUAUUGCAGUGUUAAUCAUUCAGUUUUUGGCUGAUUCUGUCAUUCUAUGUUGGCCUUUCUUAUUAUCCAUUAAUGUUGCCUUCUUAAAAGUGCAAAUAAAAAAUUUUUUAUCUUGCUGCUGGCCACAUUUUUUCUCUCCCUGUUUUGUUUUGCUAUUUAUUAUGUUUGCUUUGUCUCCAGACUUUCUUAGCAGCGGCCCAUCAACUCACUAGUAUUAUUCUGAAACCAUUAAUAAUUGUUUGCUUUGUCUCCAGACUGUCUUGGCAGCAGCCCAUCACCUCACUGGUGUAACUCUGCCAGCCUAGACCAAAGUGCCCUGAAACUUAUACACUGUAUCUAUUGUAAAGACUGCCGUAUGGAGAAGCUGACCUCCACUAGUCCAAAGAUUCCAGCCCAAGAAGCAAGUGGCCAGACAGGGACAUCGUCCAGCUCCUCUCAGACACCUCUAGUGGGCAUGCCAUUAGCGCCCCCAAGAACUCCACCAGAUCAAGCGUCAUUACAGAGUAGCAUGGACAAGAAUAAAGAAAGUGAGUACAGUCUAGAAAAGACAACUUACACCAUACUGGCUUUCUAAGUGACUUCUAUGGUUUUACAACUGAUCUUAAAUUUAUGGAAUGAAACAUUCAUUUAAUGAAACAUUCUAAGUAUUGAGAAAAAAUCAGUGCCAAAAAUUUAAAAACAAGAUAUUUGAUUUUUAUAAUCAAUUAAAAAAAUUAUUUUUUUUUGCAUCCCUGGGGAAUGUACAAAAAAAAGUAACAUCAUUUUACGCAUAUUAUUGAAGGAAUAAAGAACACAAAAAUGAACCAAAAUUAUUUUUUUGCCAAGAUUUUUUAAGGAAUAGAUGUUUUCUGUAUAUAUUUUCAGCACUGAAGAGAAAGUUGAUGCUGAGGAGAUCAGUGAAUGAGUUAGUAGAUCGAGGCAUCUAUCCACGUAAGAUUAACUUUGUCAAGAAACUUGUUUUGUAAUUAUGCACCAAAAUGAAAAAUAAAUAUUGUUUCUCUACUAGACUGAACUAGCUUGCCAUUGAGAAUGAUUAAAUGACCAAUUUGGUCUAUAGUCUGAACUAGUGAUUCAUAGGCUGAAUUAGACGGCCAAAGUCUUCCAUGUGAUUUAAAGGCUGAAUUAGACGGCCAAAGUCUUCCAUGUGAUUUAAAGGCUGAAUUAGACAGCCAAAGUCUUCCAAGUGAUUUAAAGGCUGAAUUAGACAGCCAAAGUCUUCCAUGUGAUUUAAAGGCUGAAUUAGACAGCCAAAGUCUUCCAUGUGAUUUAAAGGCUGAAUUAGACAGCCAAAGUCUUCCAUGUGAUUUAAAGGCUGAAUUAGACAGCCAAAGUCUUCCAUGUGAUUUAAANAACCCCCUCCCCCCCCCCCCCCCCCCCAAUAUUGCCUUGUUUAAAAAAAAAUUUUGAAUACAUUUGCAGCGCUAAAGACACCACCAGCUUUUGCUGAGAAGACUAAACAGUUGGAACGUGCUAAAGUGAGUAUUUUCUCAAGCAAACUCUAUUGUUUAGGGACAUUAGGAGUUAUCUUUUCAUUUCACUUAUUCAUCUUUAUAACUUAUCGUUUUUUUCCAACUGCAUCUUUAUCUAGACUGGUGACAUAUUACGUCACAAGAUUCAACAUCGACCGGAUAGGCAAGCAUUAGUUCAACAACAUAUUUUAGAAGGUAUGCUGACAAAAUUUUAGACAAAAUUAUAAUUUUAUAUUUUUAAAAAAGAUGCAUUUAGCGUACAGGGAGACAAGAUAUUUUUUAAAUGUUUUUUUUUUUUAAUUACCAUAAUCCUUUCAAUCACAAAGGACUAUCUGAUGGAACCAUGUAGCAAGGCUGUUCAAUAAGAUAUUAUGAGUUUUAAAUAUACAUCGAUGUUUGUAAAAAAACAAAUUCACUUUCACUUUUAAUAAGUUUACUCCUAGAAAAACUGAAAUUAACUCUUGCAAACAAUGUAGUUUUAAAACACAACAUUAGUUGUUGUAUUUUUUGUGGUAAUUUAAGGUACAUAUCAGUAAAUUAAUUUAAACAAGUAUUUGUGAUUUAAUUACAUUUUUUUAUACAAAACCCAGAUUAUAAUGACAUAUUUUGCAUCUGUUUGUCAGACACUACUAUAGAUCCAUCUCUCCAUGAACGUCAGCGGUUGCUGAAGCGAUCACGUUUAUUGGAUGGGCUCAAUGACAAGUUGGCCCACAGGCCGGGGCCAUUGGAGCUGGUUCAAGGCAACAUAUUACAGCCAUCAAAUGAGCUGGUUAAUGCCAUCAAAGGUAUGUUUUUGGAAAACUUUAGGCUUACUUUGGUCAAGGUAAUAUAUGGUGAAGGUAAUAUAUGGUGAAACAUAAGGUUUACUGCAGUCAAGAUAACAUAUAGGGAAAUAGGAUAACUUUUGUCAAGAUAAUAUUUGGGUAACAUUAGCAUUAACUGUAGUCAAGGUAAGAUAAUUUAGCAUUGUCCUUGCUGUUUCAGAUGGAACCCUUCAGUUUGUGCCCACUUGUGACACAGAAGACAUGGAUCAGUCUAGUUCAUCUAACUUGUUUGAAGAUGAAAGUGAUGGAGCCCCAUCUCCUCAAAUGGAUGAAUCCUCCGAUGUCAGCAGUCCCAGCUCAGCUCCCCCUGUGCCAUCAGGAGAAACCUUUCCUAUCUCUUUCACCUUUGCCAAGGGCAUCUCCAUACCUGUGGCCAUCAGCAAAAGCCCUGUGACCACCAACUCCACCACUCUCACUAAACUGUCUUCCAGUCAGCCGGCGGGUGGCAGUGGUUUGAUUAAUAACAUCAAUAGCCACACCAGCAGUGGCAAGCCUCGCUCCAAGAAGCUUAAGCCAAAGGCCACCUCAAAAGCUAGAAUAAUAAAGUUUCAUGAAUACAAAGGCCCACCUUCUGUAGUGAAGAGUCAGACCUGCAGCUCUAGUGCAACAAUAAGCAGCACUGGUUCGACAGAGGAUACACCCUACCACAUUAUGCUACAGCAGCAGCAGCUCUUCCUGCAGUGGCAGUUAGAGUUUCAACAGAAGCAGCAGCAACAAGGUGUGGUAGCCCUAAGUCCUGGUGGCUCCAAUGUUGGGGAGAAUUCAAACUCUUCAACUGGCUCUAGCAUGUUGCUGAGCUCCCCUGUAAUCCCAACGUCGAACACUUGCCCGGCCUUCAUCCAGUCCACCUCUGCCAACACUCCAAGUCUGAUUACCUUACAACACAGCCAGGCCCAAGCAUCAACCACCCCAGCAGUAUUUGUACAAUCCUCAGCUCCAUCACAUCGGGUCAGUCCUUCGCCCCCUACACCUCCUACACCCCCACCCCUCCCACCAACCAGACCCACCCAGUCUGUGGCCCCCAGGACAUUGGCUAAAACGCUUACUUCUAUACCGGCCAGCGCUUUGAGCUUACCCAAGCUCACUGGCAAUCUAGAAGAGAUGAAGGUGGCUGACCUGAAAGCGGAAUUGAAGAAACGUAGUUUGCCAGUGUCGGGUCCCAAGCCCCAGCUUAUAGAGCGCUUGAAAC